UGUAAUAGAAGUCUCUCUUAUCCUCUCUCCCACGCACAAACAACAGUUCCUUGAUGUUCCUUCUCCACUUUCUCUCUAUGUCUUUCCUUUUUCUCAGGUUUUUUCUUGGAAAAGAAAGUAAAGUCUUGUCAAUUUCCAUGUGAAAAUUCAAAAUUCCCACACAAGAAAACAAAAAGAAAAAGAAAAAAAAAACCUUUGGUUCCGAGUACCCAUCUCUUUCUCCCUUGUACUUGCACCCUCACUCGCAAAUAUCACUACAUUAUUGUUGCUUAAUUUUUGGCAUUUUUCAUUGAGAACGAUAUACAUAUGGAGGAAUUUUACAGGAUGAUCGCAGGUGUGACAUCUGCAUGCUCAGAUGAUCAUGUGAAUGUUCAUCAGCAAGUUGAAAAUAUGUCUACUAGUACUAGCAGCGCCAGUUGUGGUGGGUUUCAUGGCGGUGGUCAUGUGGUGGAUGAUCAUAACAUGCUGUUAUUUGGGACGGAGGGUUUAGAAUCCGAUCAUAUGUCUGAUCUGAUCAAGUCCCAGAUAGCCAGUCACCCUCGUUUCUCUAAUUUAGUUGCUGCAUACCUAGAAUGGCAAAAGGUUGGAGCACCAGCAGCGGAGAUGAAAAAUCUGCUUGAAGAAAUUGGAAGGGUAAGCCACCCAAUGAGCACCUGCGGUGAGAUAGGAGCUGAUCCAGAACUUGACGAGUUCAUGGAAUCAUAUAUUGGGGUUCUCCAUAGAUUCAAGGAGGAGCUAUCUAAGCCAUUCGAUGAAGCAACAACAUUCUUGGUCAACAUUCAAACUCAACUUAGCAACCUCUGUAAAGGGACAUUCCCAAAUACCUGGGACAAUCACUCUGAUGAAGGGGUCGGCGGUUCAGAGGAGGAACUUAGCUGUGGGGAGGUGGAAGCAGCAGAGAGUCAAGAAAUCGGUGGUGCUCAUUCUAGUGGUGAUCGGGAACUGAAAGGUAUGCUGCUGAACAAGUACAGUGGCUACCUUAGCAGUUUAAGGAAGGAGUUCUUAAAGAAAAGAAAGAAAGGGAAGCUACCGAAGGAUGCCAGGACUACCCUAUUGGAUUGGUGGACUAUUCACUAUAGGUGGCCAUAUCCUACGGAAGAGGAGAAAUUGCAGCUGUCUGAGAUGACUGGAUUGGACCAAAGGCAGAUCAACAACUGGUUCAUAAACCAGAGGAAGAGACAUUGGAAACCAUCUGAGGACAUGAGGUUUGCUCUCAUGGAAGGCGUCGGUGGGAGCAUUGGAGGACCUGUGAUAUUUGACACUGGUUUUGGAACUGGAAAUGUUCAUGAUGGUAUGUGAUAUCAUUGUAUCAGGUGUUUGGUCGAUUCUAACAUUCGACCUAAGUAGCGUUAGAGCCUUUUGAUUAUUUCAGUCUAAUGUCUUCUUUUUCAUAUGGUAUUUGUGAACCUUGUAAUAAUGUUAAGACUUGCAUGUAUGUAUAUUCUGUAUCUAUGAUCCCUCUCUCUUAUGUAA